UUUGUGACUCGGGGCUACACGUCUCUCUCUCUCUCUCUGGAGCAACACGCACACUUCUCAGGAGUUGUGAAUGAAUGUGAGUCGUGUGAAAUCAUCAGCAGGAGCGUUUCACUUCUCUCUGUGAUGAGUGGACUAACCGGGCCGGUGUGUGGUUACUGACUCGAGGCGGAGAGAGGAGAGGAUUUCAGCCCGGGGGAGAUUUACGGCUCGGACAAACGGAGAGGAGACGCGUAUGAGGCCGCAGAAGUGAAGAAUACACGGUGGAGAUGGACCUUAAACUACUUUUUUUGUCAGCAUUGUUGGGAGUCAUAUGCUACAGCAGCGCUCAGCCAGAAGGGAACGAGUGCAUCAAGGCUAAUGCCGAAUCCUGCGGUGAAUGCAUCCAAGUAGGGGCCAAGUGUGGGUGGUGCACAGAUACAGACUUUCUGAAGCAGGGCGAGCCCACGUCGGCACGCUGUGAUGAGCUCGAGUCCUUGAAGAAGAGAGGAUGUUCAGUGUCCAUGAUUGAAAACCCUCAAGGGAGCCUGAAAAUUCUCAAGGACAAACCUGUGACCAACCGUAAGAUAGGAGGCAAGAAACUCAAACCUGAGGAGAUCACCCAGAUACAGCCUCAAAAACUUGCCCUCAGCCUGAGAUCCGGAGAACCACAAACAAUUAAUCUAAAGUUUAAAAGGGCAGAGGACUACCCCAUUGACCUGUACUAUCUUAUGGACCUGUCUUACUCCAUGAAGGAUGAUCUGGAAAAUGUCAAAAACCUGGGAACUAGUCUGAUGUCAGAGAUGUCCAAGAUCACAUCAGACUUCAGAAUUGGUUUUGGCUCAUUUGUAGAGAAGACGGUGAUGCCCUACAUCAGCACCACCCCUGCCAAGCUUCUGAACCCUUGCACCGGGGACCAGAACUGCACCAGUCCCUUCAGCUACAAGAACGUACAGAAACUCACCAGCGAUGGUAGUCGGUUCAACGACCUGGUGGGUAAACAGCAAAUCUCCGGCAAUCUGGACUCUCCAGAAGGCGGGUUCGAUGCCAUAAUGCAAGUCGCUGUGUGCGGGGAACACAUUGGUUGGAGGAACGUCACUCGUUUGCUGGUGUUUUCUACAGAUGCAGGUUUCCAUUUUGCUGGAGAUGGAAAACUGGGUGGAAUUGUGCUCCCUAAUGAUGGCAAAUGUCACCUAGAAAACGACAUGUACACCAUGAGCCACCAUUAUGAUUACCCUUCAAUAGCACAUCUGGUGCAGAAACUGAGUGAAAACAACAUCCAGACCAUUUUCGCUGUCACAGAGGAAUUUCAGCCUGUUUAUAAAGAAUUGAAAAACCUCAUUCCAAAAUCCGCAGUGGGAACAUUGUCUUCAAACUCCAGCAACGUGAUCAACCUUAUUAUUGAUGCCUACAAUUCUUUGUCUUCAGAGGUGAUUCUAGAGAACAGCAAGCUGCCUGAAGGAGUCACCAUCACGUAUCAGUCCCGCUGUAAGAAUGGAGUAGUGAGCGUUGGAGAGGAUGGACGUAAAUGCUCCAACAUCUCCAUUGGAGAUGAGGUCUCCUUCAGCAUUAACAUCACAGUUAAUGGCUGCCCCAAACAAGGCAGUCCUCAGAAUCUAAAGAUUAGACCUCUGGGCUUCACUGAGGAAGUGGAGAUUAAACUGAGCUUUAUCUGUGACUGCGAUUGCCAAAGGAAAGGCAUUCCGAACAGUGACCUCUGCCAUAACGGCAACGGCACCUUCGAAUGUGGCGCCUGCAGGUGCAAUAAGGAUCGUAUUGGCCGAGAGUGUGAGUGCUGGAAAGACGAGGUGUCCAGCGAGGACCUGGAGAAGACCUGCCGCAAGGACAACGGCACCGAUCUCUGCAGCAACAAUGGCGAGUGUGUGUGCGGCAAGUGCGAAUGUAAGAAGAGGGACAACCCAGAGGAGUACUACAGUGGCGAGUACUGUGAGUGUGACAACUUCAACUGCGACCGCUCCAACAACAAGCUCUGUGGAGGCCACGGUCGCUGCGAAUGCCGAGUCUGCAUUUGUGACGCUAACUACACCGGAAGUGCUUGCGACUGUUCUUUGGAUACAUCGACAUGUCUGGCCUCCAAUAAUCAGAUAUGUAAUGGCAGAGGCACAUGCGAAUGUGGAACCUGCAGGUGCACUGACCCUAAAUUCCAAGGACCCACGUGUGAGAUCUGCCCUACCUGCCCUGGAGUCUGUACUGAGCACAAGGCGUGUGUUCAGUGCCGAGCCUUUGGUACUGGAGAAAAGAAAGACACUUGUGAAAAAGACUGCAGUUACUUCAAACUGAUCAAGGUGAAAGACAGGGAGGAGCUGCCUCAGCCCGUACAAGCCUUCCCACUCAUGCACUGCAAAGAGAGAGAUGCUAACGACUGCUGGUUCUACUACACCUACUCCGUCACCAACCAAACCGAGGUCCAUGUCGUCGAGACACUAGAAUGCCCAGCUGGUCCUGACAUCAUCCCCAUCGUGGCUGGAGUGGUUGCGGGAAUCGUCCUGAUUGGACUAGCCCUUUUGUUGAUCUGGAAACUGCUCAUGAUCAUUCAUGACCGCCGCGAGUUCGCCAAGUUUGAGAAAGAAAAAAUUAAUGCCAAGUGGGAUAUGCAAGAGAAUCCAAUUUACAAGAGUCCUGUUAAUAAGUUCCAGAAUCCAAACUAUGGGCAUAAAACUGCAGCUCUUUAAGGUGAAAAUCCGAUCUACAAGAGCGCUGUUACGACUGUCAUCAAUCCUAAAUACGAAGGGAAAUAAUGCCCAUCUCCCCUGCGCGCAGAGCAAUAUUCUUCAUUUCAAUUUGAAACAGUUUCUCCCAUUUUAUUAUUAUUUUGUUUUAUUUUAUUGUGUUGAACUAUGCGUUUAUAUUUUAGCACUGCGUUUAGGAUACAGCAUUGUGUGUUUUCCUCUGUUUUAUUGCGAAACAUGUACAGUUUGUAAAGACUAUUAACAGCUCUUGUUUGGAGAACUGUUUAUAUUUUUGCCCAUUGUUUCACAUAUUCCUGAAACCAUUUACUGAAAAUCGUGAUGCUGAGACAGCUAAUAAUCUCUUCAUAAGCGAUACAUAAGCUAUGAAGCGAACCUUUAUUAUUACAGUUCAUCAUUAUUCACACUAAUCAUUUCCAUCAGAUCUAACAGAGACAACAAAAAGACAUUAUGCAGCAGCAUCACUGUGAGUGUGUAAGAUCUGACAUGACAAUCAGGAGUACUGUUUAUUUGUACUGAGGUCUUUUAUUAUGCCAUUGAGUCUAGAGAUAAUUGCUUAUGUAUUGAAAGCAUGUUACAGCCUUAUGGUAUUUUAUUGUUGUGUUAUAUUUUAAGGUUUUUAAACUUUUCUGAUUGCGUAACAUAGUCUACAGUAAUUUUAUGCCAUACAGAUACUUAAGGGAAAUUUCAGUCAUAAACACACAUGGCUUUUGGUCAGAUUUUCUCUCUUACUUUAAUUCUAUACUACAAAUAUUAUUAUAUAUCGAGCAAUUUUGCAACUUUGUGUAUAUCUGACUUCAAACUGUGUCUGUGCAAGAUUAUAUACUUUACUGAGAGUCGUUUGUAUGUAGUCCUUAAAGUCAGUACUGACGUCUAGCUAAAGCCUGGCAAAAUAGGAAGAAAAAAAUACAAUAAAAUAAACAAACACCAGUUUAUAAAUUUAGGAAAUAUAUCUUCAACUGAUAUUUAAUUAUAGUGGGAAAAUCCUAUUUUCCAGUUGAUACAAACAUUGUGGGCGUGUCAGCCUGGAUAAUGAUUGACAGUGCUGUUUCCCUUGCAACAUAACACAAUCAUAAAUUGCUGAUUUAUUUUGGCAUUUAAGUCUGAACUUUUGCAUACAUAUACAAAGACUUUCCCCCUGAUAUUGGUGACAUUUUCCCUCUCUGAAGAGAUUUAUGAUGGAACUUCAAACCACUGAUGCCAUUUUGUUAAAAACAAGUUUGUGAAAACUUUCAUGGUACAUGGAUGUGUGGUUAUUUUAAUUUUUACCCUGAUUAUUAUCCUAUUUAAAGUUUAGGAUGGUGUGUUUAAAAUAAACAAAUUGCCAUUUUGAUGUCUAUUCGACACAUACUAGGAAGACUCCUGCUCUUUGCUGUAUGAUGCAGUAUUAUCUUACGCGAGAUGUUUCAGAUCCUACUGUAGCUACUCCCCUCUUUUUAAGUGCCUUUUCAACAUGUUCACUAUUGCCAUGCUGUUUUGAAUUUAUUUAUUAAAACCGACUCUUAAAAAACA